CUCUUAUACGAGAAGAGAAAAAAAUCAAAGUAUUAAACAGCACAUUUAUGUUCUAGUACAGAAGUAAAAGGAUCAUAACGACUUGACGAAUUUAUCUAAAGACCCUAUAGUUAUUUCUCCGUAAACGCAUUCUGCUGCAUGUGACGUUUAGCAUUUUAAAACAUAUUCGAUGUAAAAAAAAGAUGAAUUUUCCGCGUAGCGCAUUGGUAUGGUGACAUUGGUACAACAGCAGCAGCCAACGCUCGACGGUCAUCAGUGUCAAAAAGAUCAGGACCAUGUGAACGGUGGUGCUGUUGUGUCUGCCGAGAAUCAUGCGAUCGACAAGUUUCGCGGCGAAGCUGCGCACUCGGCGAGAGAAACCGCGGUCGUCGCUCCGGGCAAUGGUAGCGUUGGAGAUUCCUCUACGCAGUGCAGUGACGUAGACGACGAUGAGGAAGAGGAGACGGACGUCGAAGAAGGCGGCAGCUGGAUCACGAAUCUGCCGGUAUCCUCGACUAUCGUCCAGCAACAUCAAGCGGUUGCGACUACAAACGGCGAUGUUGUCCUACCAAACGCCGAUCCGUCGAAUUUUGGUGACGUUUGUGUGAAAAACUCAACGAAUGUGCAUCUAGGUAACAAGACCUUCUACAAGGGUCCGGUUACCAUAAAGCAGUUCGUUUACACGAAUCCCAUUCCCAUCCAGGAUGCGGGUAAACUCGACGACGCCAACUGCGCCUCCGACGUUAGCACCUCGGAUUUGUCGACGAAUAAGGACAAUAGAGCGGCCAACGGACCCAUUUUUCCGCAAAAUACUGAAUUAGCUAAGGUGACGCAGUGGCUUUGGACGUGGAGAUGUGCGGCUUUAUCAUGCGUUCUAGCUUUAAUACUUCUAACUACUAUAGUGGUCACAUCUGUAUAUUUCAUUCAUCACCCGGACGCACCGGCCUUCCCGGAAAUUCCAAAUUCAUCAGUCGAGGGUGUACCAGUAACUUCGGUACGCUUUGUCGAGAGAAACGAAUGGGGUGCGCAGCCGCCCUCGGAUCCUCUUAGAAAAAUGAAGCUGCCAGUACCAUAUGUAAUUAUUAGUCACACCGCAACAGAGUUCUGUUCCACACAAUCAGAGUGUACAUUUCACGUGAGAUUUGCUCAGACUUUUCAUAUAGAAUCUAGAAAGUGGUCGGAUAUCGCCUACAAUUUUCUUGUUGGAGGCGACGGUCUCGCAUACGUUGGUAGAAGCUGGGACUAUGUUGGUGCUCAUGCCUUCAAUUUCAACAACAAGAGUAUCGGUAUUUCCUUUAUUGGUACAUUCAAUUCGAUCAUACCACCGAAAACGCAAUUACACGCUGCGCAAAAAAUCAUAGAGAUCGGCGUCAAGGCCGGGAAAAUUUCACCAGACUAUAAACUGUUAGGUCACCGACAAGUGUCGAAAACUUUGAGUCCAGGAGAUGCUUUAUAUAAUGAAAUUAAAAAGUGGCCUCAUUGGUCACCUCAGCCUUAACUUGAUUGUU